AUUGCGACCCGUCGCGCAAUGUUGCGGUCGCAUGAGACACAAUUCCAUCUUGGGUUCCUUCUCAUGUUUUGCGCUUCUUAAUGUCGACGACUUGCUGCUGCGCUCAACUUACACGGCCGCCUUCCUGGAUGCACCCCAUGAAUGCUUCAUCGCAACGUUCACUCGAUUAAACCGGAAUUCUUCAGUAUCGCUAAGCAGACUUCAAGCAGCCUCACCAGAUUGAGCGACUGCGAGAGCGUGCGCCCGACUCGCUACCCUCGAGCAAGAUGGCGUUCUGGGACACUCAGCAGCAGUAUCGCGCAGAUGCCCCAUUGGAGCGCGAGUUUCUAUGGCAGGAUCAUGACAAUGUCGCAGCUGAUGAUUCGACCGAUUUCCUGGGGCAGUUUCUCGACUUGGAUGGCACUGGAGCCUUUGCGCCGACGUCGACGACGAACGCGUCUGCCGACGUAUUGGCUGGGGACUAUGAAGUACCGAGGAUGCCUGAAGGGCUGAUGUCCUCAGCGCCUCCUGAAAGCAAUGGGUCUUCGACGACGGCCGAUGAGAUCGAUUGCCUGUCGAGCAGCUCGCAUGUUGGGCCAGCUUCCUCGGCCAGCUACGACAUCGACCCUGCCCAGCUGUCUGCCGGUUACGAUCAGACAAGCUUCAUCCUCGAACCGCCCCAAUGGGCUAAUACUGGCCGCGGGUCUCUUUCAGAUACUGAACUGCCGCGCAUGGAGGGCAUGACACUGAGCUCGCCGACCAAGCUCAAGUACACAUCCAUGUCGCAACCCUCGUCCCCAACACCGCCCAACACGGUUGUCCGAAAGACGACCAGUCACAAGAUCAAGGAAGCCUUCCAUUCUACAAUUCGCAAAGCGACGGGGAAGAGUAGGCCAAAAACUCGAAAGCCAGAGCCUAUCGAUCGCCCAGGUUCUCCCGUGGGCGAACCCCUACCUCUGCAAGCUCCCAGACAACGACCGCGUGCUAUGGCCAAGGUGCGACAGCGACAGCAAUCGUAUACAUCCGAUGCGGGACAGCAGCAGACUUCCUCAUCGUGGAACUUUGUGCAGGGCGCCUGCGAUGAUCCCUUCAAUGAUAUUCCACCCCUGCCUCCAGCCAAUGCUCUGCAAUACUUCAACCAGGGCCCUAUCAGCCCAGGACAUCGAUCCCCAGACAUCAAGAGUGAGCACAGCUCGCAGUACUCUGAGAAUGUCCAGUCUUACCAGGUGCCCCCUGAUAUGGCGUGGCAGCAGCAGCAGCAGCAGCAGCAGCAAGGACACCAACAGAGCCAGCGCCAAGCCAUGAGCAACGUGCCGCAACAACAAGUCGAGUGGAACGGAUCGGACAUGAUGUCUGGCGAUGCCAGCUGGUGGGCUGCCAACGGCGCCAACGUCAAUGGGCAGUUUGCGGACCAAAAUAACGCCCAUGUCAACAUGGCGAUGCAUGCGCAUCAGACCCAGUUGCCGUAUGAAUAUCAAAACCAGGUCCCGGACACGGCCGCCUCAGGGCUUAUGAUCCAGAUACCCCAAGCCCAGCAACAUCACCACCAACAACACCAGGCCGCAGUCGGCAGCGCCUUGACUCUGGACGCGCAAACCACCCUUCCACCACCUCCCCCGAUCCCAGCGACCGAACGACCCCAUCGACCACCGCGCGCCCCCUCCUCUGGCGCCAGGCAUCUCUCAUGCUCACCCGUACACAAGAACAGGGCACCCUCCGCCUCCCCGACACGUGGUACACCAAGCUCCACGCAGAAGCGCCACAGCUCGGGUGGUUCCGUGGCCUCGAACCGCAGUGCCUCGGGUCGUCUCCCGGCCAGCAUGCCCGGUACCCCCUGCAGCGUGAAGAAGAGGCGAUCGCGCGACGUCAGCGGUGGCGGCAGCGGCAUGUCGGGCGCGUCCGCCGGCGAGAUCGGCUUUGUCAACUUCACGCCCAACGACGGCGGUAUGCUCAUGGGCGGCGUCGCCCCGAGCGGCAGCUCCAAGACAAAGGCGCGCCGUGAGAAGGAGGCGCUCGAUCGACGACGGAAGUUGAGUGAAGCAGCCAUCAAGGCUGUGGCCGCAGCAGGCGGCGAUGUUGAUCGACUCAUUGAGCAAGGUUUCUUUUUCUGACAAGCGGAAUCCGCGCGCGCACGCCCGUCUUUGAAUAUCCCAGGUACUUGAUCCAAGUCCCUAACAGACAGUCUUUAGCAGCAAUCUUUUCCUUGGUCUAUCCUGCCUUUCAUCCUCUAUAGUUCCUCACAUCAUGGCACACUGGCCUGUACUUCAAAGCUUGGUCUGGUCUCACUGUUUCCUUGCGUGUUGGCGACGCUGAUUUCCAAUGGGCGUUUAUAUCGGUUGACGGUUCGGGGGCCUGUAAUAUUGUAGAGGCGACACCAGACUAUGAUAAUUCUCAGCAAAAAAACAUGGAGACGUGGCUGUUGAAAAUUUAACAAUAUUGUAAUUCAUCCUUGCCGUUCGCUAUAAUCACAGACAAG